UUCUACCCCUUGAUAUCUGCCACAACACCAGAAACAGCAUCCGAAGACUCACAAUGGCUGCUAAUCCGAAUGAUAUCCUGCGCGAGGUCAACAUUCUUGGCGCAUUGAACGAUAACACCCGCAAGAUCUUGAGCAGGGACGCUGCUGUCUUCCUUGCUCUCCUCCACCGCAGCUUUAAUGAGCGCCGCAAGGCCCUCAUCCAGCGACGUGUGAUCCGACAGGCAGAGCUCGACAAGGGCAACCUCCCCGACUUUCUCCCUGAGACCAGGCACAUCCGCGAGAACGAUGCGUGGAGGGGCGCUCCCCCGGCCCCAGGCCUUGUUGAUCGGCGAGUAGAGAUCACCGGCCCAACCGACAGGAAGAUGGUCGUCAAUGCUCUGAACUCGGAUGUGUGGACAUACAUGGCAGAUUUCGAAGACUCGAGUGCCCCAACGUGGGACAACAUGAUUAACGGCCAGCUCAAUCUACACGACGCCAUCCGCAGGCAAGUCGACUUCAAGCAGGGCGAGAAGGAGUACAAGCUCCGCACCGAUCGGACGCUCCCCACACUCAUCUGCCGGGCUCGAGGCUGGCAUCUGGAGGAGAAGCACUUCACUGUCGACGGAGAGCCUAUCUCUGGCUCCUUGUUCGACUUUGGUCUCUACUUCUUCAACAAUGCCAAAGAGCUCGUCAGGCGCGGAACCGGACCAUACUUCUACUUGCCAAAGAUGGAGUCCCAUCUCGAGGCCAGGUUAUGGAACGAUGUCUUCAACGUGGCACAGGACUACAUCGGCAUGCCGCGAGGCACCAUCCGAGGCACCGUCUUGAUUGAGACUAUCAUGGCUGCCUUUGAGAUGGACGAGAUUAUCUACGAACUCCGUGAUCACUCUUCUGGCCUCAACUGCGGCCGCUGGGACUACAUCUUCAGCACCAUCAAGCGUUUCCGCAAUAACCCGAACUUCGUCCUUCCCGAUCGCUCUGCCGUAACUAUGACUGUUCCCUUCAUGGAUGCAUACGUCAAACUACUUAUCAAGACCUGCCACAAGCGAGGAGUCCAUGCUAUGGGAGGCAUGGCUGCACAAAUCCCUAUUAAGAAUGACCCAGCUGCGAACGACGCCGCCAUGGCUAAUGUUCGCGCUGACAAGCUGCGAGAAGUACGUGCCGGACACGAUGGCACCUGGGUCGCUCACCCGGCUCUAGCCGGCAUUGCUUCAGAUAUCUUCAACGCGCACAUGCCCACUCCUAAUCAAAUGCACAUUCGCCGCGAGGAUGUCCACAUCACCGCGAAUGACCUUCUUAACAUGAACGUUCCAGGCAAGAUCACUGAGGAGGGCAUUCGAAAGAAUCUUGAUAUUGGCCUUGCUUAUAUGGAGGCUUGGCUCCGAGGCGUUGGAUGCGUUCCCCUUAACUACUUGAUGGAGGAUGCUGCGACUGCUGAAGUGUCCCGGAGUCAGCUGUGGCAGUGGAGCAAGCACCAGGUCUCUACUGCCGAAGGCAGGAAAGUCACCAAGGACUAUGCGCUCAAGCUUCUGCGAGAGCAGGCUUCAAAGUUGAGCGAGAAGGCGCCAAAGGGAAACAAAUUCCACUUGGCUGCGAAAUACUUCGAAGGCCAGGUCACAGGAGAGGAUUAUGCCGAAUUUUUGACAUCAUUGUUAUAUAACGAAAUCACAAAUGUGGGUCCCGCAAAGGGUGCUUCCAAGUUGUAGUUCCGUCCCCUCCAACCCUUUCCUUCCAUCUCGUCUUGUAACCCUACCAAUGCAAAAUUGAAAAUCCAAAAGCAACCCCUCGUCCAGGCUUAAAGCGGGGGUGUAUUGUAAGCCAAUAAAAU